CCCGCCCACAGGCGUCUAUGAUUGGUUCGUCACUGACUGAGCUGUUGAUGAUUGGAUAGCACAGCCGUCAGUCUUCAGAACGACUGAAAUAUUUUGACCGUAUCUAUCUAUUCCCUGAGGAAGCAACUGAAGUGGGAAGAGUGGAUUGCGAGAAAAGACGUCUUACAAAACAGCGAGCGCAUUUUACAAAGAAACGACAUUUCAUGAAAUGCUGAAACUCUGGUUGUGAAAAGAGCUACCAUGGAUCCUGACAAAACCACCUAUGUGAGGUUAAAUGAGAGAAAAGUUGUCUCAAAGUCAGAUAUUUUGUCUCUUUUAAAAACGUAUAACUGUUACCAUGAGGGGAAAAGUUUCCAACUUCGGAUUCGAGAGGAAGAGGGUGAGCUGAUCGUGGAGGGUUUACUCAACAUCUCCUGGGGCCUGAGGAGGCCAAUCAGACUCCAGAUGCAGGAUGACAACGAGCGUUUUUACUAUGACUGCACAGAAGCGUGGAGGUCGGAGAGCUCCGAGUCCAGCAGGAAUGAAAAUAAUGAUCAGAGUAAUCCAUUGCAGUUUUCUUCAGAGCCUAACAACAACAAAAUCUGUGCCACAUCCAUACCGACAGCAGGUAUGGAUGGAUAUGAUGCUGAGGAGGAUGUCCCUCAACUGCUGAGGACAAGAAGUGACGCAAGUUUUGUAAACAUCCAAAGAAGAUCUAAAAUUCACAACUCUGCAGAUUCACAGCAGAUUAAAAGACAUCGUUUCUCCAUCAAUGGACAUUUCUACAACCACAAGACAUCUGUUUUUACUCCAUCGUAUGGAUCAGUGACUAAUGUUCGAGUGAACAGCACUAUGACAACACAGCAAGUUCUUAACUUGCUCCGUCAUAAGUUUCGGGUAGAAAAUAAGGCAGAUGAAUUUGGUCUCUACCUAGUCCAUGAAUCAGGAGAAAGAGCAAAACUUAAAGAAACAGAAUACCCUCUGGUAUCUCGUCUGCUGCAUGGUCCAUGUGAAAAAAUCGCCAGAAUAUUUAUUAUGGAAAAGGACCUUGGUGAAGAGAUUACAUACGAUGUUGCACAGUAUAUCAAAUUUGAAAUGCCUGUUUUGGACAGUUUCAUUAAGAAAUUGAAAGAGGAGGAAGAGAGAGAGAUUUUAAAACUGACUAGAAAAUACAGUGUACUAAGAUCCAUGAUAUUGCAGAAAUUAGAUGGCAUGUCUCAGAUGAAUCAUGUUUGAGAAAAUCUGCUGACGUCAGAAGAAUCAACAGUGACUUAGACUAUAGGCUAGUUUUAGGGUUAUGUUUUCAGAAGCCAAAUGCAAUAACUAGUAUAUCAAAUAUAGGCUAGUUUUGUACAUUAUAUACUGUAUUAGUAAUUGUAUUUUUACCUAUAAUUCUCAGGCAUUACAAAUGACCUAUUUUAUGAUGUACAUAUAUUAUGAUCUUCGUGAUUUUAAAAGGGCAAACUGUUGUAUUUUUUGUAGAACUUUUAGAAUAUACUCUUGAUAUUAUUUCUACAGUAACUGUAUUUUUAUUUUUCAUAAAAUUAAUAUAUGAGAAAUGUUUAUAUGAUUUUAUAUAUUGUCACUGUCUAUUUCUAUGUAAUAUUGUUGUGUUAGUUUUAUAUAUGCAUGUAGAAUAUCAUGACACCUCGAAUAAAUAGCAGCAGACAUUAUUAGACCAUAUAAAACAUCAGUAUGCCUUAUUUAAACAGAUGCUCAAUUGUCUGCGUUUCUCUGACGGGCACAUUGACAAUUCACUUUUUUUAACUCCCAUAGUCUUUAUUUUUAUUAACUUGAAUGGUUGUUUCGGUGUUUUAGGAAAAUAGCUUGUGCAUUUUCAUUCAUGUUCACAAUAAAUGUCUCUUAUUGUUCUUAAAGUGACCCUCAUACAAAGCCAGUUCCCACGAGCUAUAAAAGGUUGUUGUGAUGUCAGUGCUUUCUGGUUUCAGCGCCCAUGUUACACAUUGGGAGGCAUCAUGGGAAACAAGGAACAUUACAGUCCUCAAGGUGGUUCCCUUUUCCUGGACAUGCAGCACUAUUUUUUUUUAUUCUGGCAACACUUUACAGUAAAGUUAUAGCCUAUUUUCUAACAUGACCUUACAUAACAAAUACCAGUGUUUAUUAAUGCAUGUUUUUUUCAGCAUUUACAAAUACAUUUUUAUCAAACUUUAACAUUAUUUAAUGCACAAUGAACUAACAUAAAUUAUUGCAUUGUCGUUAACAUUAGAUUAAUAAAAAAUAAUAAAUGCUAAAAAACUGUAUUGCU